UGAACCAUGGCGUAAGAAAAAUUAUAUCGUAUAUUAUAUAUGCUAUUCCAAUGAUGGGUUUCAAAUUCCCUGUUCCAUUACAUCUUUUUACAAUGAACACGCAAUAAUAAUACAUAACAUGAACUCAAAUAACCAGUACCGCAAUCGAGUCAGAACAAUGAAGUUAAGGAAUAGUGCUUCGGAUCAGAACGUAUUCUUCACUUAUGUAUGCAUGGUCAAUGACGUGAAACCGAUCGACGAUGCUGUCCACGGCCAAAGCUCUCUGCAGGGUGAUAAUGAUCUAACGAUGAACGAGGAUCGUCCAAUUCAAGUAGAAAGGUCCAAAGCCCUGCAUGAGCUAGUGGAAUCUCAUAGACACGACGAAGACACCUUUCUGGGAGCUACCGCGGCAUAUGAGAAAAUAUCAAACGGAACUAGUGAUCUACAAGGCAUCGUCGAGGAAGACGUCGAGGACACAAGGAACCACGCUAAUAUUUUAAAACUGACCAAGAUGAAGUGGCUUACGGAAGAUCAAGAGGGUUAUGCAGAAUCUAGAAACAUAAACGCACUAACGGGUGCUAAAGUGCGAGAUAGGAGAAAAAAAUGAAGCUAGAAGUUCACCAUCAAUAUCACCGUCAAACUCAACAACUUCAACCUGCAGUCGAGAAUCUGAUGACGUCAUUGACCGUCGUCUCAGCUUCGGUGACAAAUGUCUAUCCACUAUCCUACGCUUGGACAGAGAGCAC